AUGGGGGGACUUCAGCAAGCUUUUCUGCUAACGACAAUUUUGGUAACUCUAUUAAAGACAACAGAAAGUUGUUCAACAAAGGAGUUCACACUCUAUGACCCAAACAAUCCAGAUGCACAAGAAACUUGCAAAAGAUGUCAAACAUGUCCACCUGGACAAGGGCUCGAAAAACAAUGUGGAUCCAGAGUUCCAUACGGAACAUCUACAGGAUGCAAGCCUUGUGUGUACAGUGAGACAUAUAGUGAUAAAAAUGACACUUCCCACUGUAAACCUUGCAAUCAGUGUGGAUUUAAAAUUGAGCUACAGAAAUGCACCCCUUGGCAAAACAGUAGGUGUGCACCUACAUGUAGGUCAGGGUAUAUCAUGGAUCCUGUUGUUGAUGAAUGUAAAGUUGUACCUGAAAAUAAAACAGCUACUGCAAUCCCUGCUUCAAGAAAUUCAACCAAUGAGCCUUCAGAUAUGAUGGCGUCUUCAGAUACAAAGUCUCCCAGCACUACUUCACCCACAGUCAGCACGUCUGGAAUUACCGCUAGCAAUUCAACCUCAGCAGAUUCCAGCACUAGGGUGAGGUCUACACCACUGGAAGACAAUCAAUCAACAGAUCAAGAAUCUAAAGAUUUCAAGGAAAUAAAAAUCAUUGUAGGAUGUACAUGUGGAGCAGCCUUCACUGUCAUCAUCAUUCUUGCUGCAUUUGGGAUAAAGAAAUACAGAGGCAAAUCGAAUAUCCAGAACUUUGAGCAUCAUGAUAAAUCAGGUAUUAACUAUGGAUUUAAACUAAAGGUAGUUUUAAGUAAAUAGAGACAUCAAAACAGCUGACAGCCCAGUUUCCAUAAAUUAAAAUUAAAAAAGAAGCAAAAACUAAGAAACUUCACUAAUAACUUUGCAUAAAAAAACUAUUGAUGAUCAAUCAAUAAAGUUACUGGAAUAUAUCAAAUCAGUGAUUAUUAACACUUAUUAAAAAAUGCUAUGCAGUUUGUUAAACUUUCAAAUCAAUUUCUUACAGGUACCAAACUACCAAUGAAAGAACAGCUUCCACCCAUGAGCAGAUCACCUAGGAAAUAUCAUAGUCAAGGUAUUGAUAAUACAUACUGGAAGUAUCAUUUUACCUUCAUAAUUUUCCUUGCUGGACAAAAAUAACACCUGCAUAAGACUGGUAAUUAAUGAAUAUUUGUUGAGUGGGGUUAAAGUAUACACUUAAAUGGCAAAAAUUUGAAUAAUCAGAAGCCAGAGGAAAAUUUUGAAUUACUAAUCAAAUAAAACAGUUUAAAAACUGGACAACAAUAGGAUGAAAGCCUUCAGUUUCAGCAAGUGUAUCAGGAAAACGUUUUUGCUGCAACAGUUAAUAUGCCAGCAAAAACUGAGUCAACCUUGUUUAUUUUUAAAAUAAUUUAAAAAUGCAAAACCAAAUAAUGCAACCCAGGCUGAUUUUUAAUUGAUGAGUCUCAAAGAGGCAAGAAAACAAAAAAAUAAAAAUUUCUUUUUAAUUAAUGUGGAUUCAAUUGAUUCACUUAUUAAACAUAGUGACUGCACCAAUUAACACAUAUUUGAUAAAUUUUUAUUACACUCGGUAUCACAGAACAUGACAACAGAUUAGUUAUGUUUUCUUAAUUCCUUUAAGUUAUACAAUAUUCUCUGUCUGUCUCUCAAUAUACUCUGUCUCUCUGUUUUUUCUUUCCCCGCCGCUUUCUUGUUGCAUGAAAUAUUUCUUUUAUCUGGUAAACAGCUUGUGACAAAACAAGAACACCACUGCUUGGAGAUCAGAGUAAUACAAACUCCAAUGCCUCUUCAUCUGGUGAGCAUAAGAAGUUUAAUUCAUUUUAAACCCUGAACAAUCAUCAAAUCAUGAAUGGUAUUUUACGGUUUUCACUUUAAGUAUAGUGUUUUACAGGGGCACCCAACAAUGGUAAUCCUCCUAGUAAAUACAUUGAAAACACAUUUUAGGCUAUCCAGAGUACUUUUAGAUAGCUAGAAAUGUAUUCUAAGCAGCGCUAUAAAUUUUUUAUCUGUUCAGUCAUGCUAGGACAAUUUGAGUCUUUCCAAAAUUACAAGUAAGGGCUCCAAUAUUGUUUUUCCCAAAAUUUUAGGCGGAAUUUAAAGUAUUACAAACGUAAGAGUUUUUCUGAUCCCCUCUCUAUUGCAUUUUCAAAUCCGAAAAUUUUAGGUUUCCUUUUUCUAAGAAAAAUAACUUAACCUAGAGAGUGAAAUGUGCAAAAUUAGACUUUAGAAAAUCGUACGGAAUUAAUAGAUAAGCUUUGAAAAUUGUAAAUGAAUGGAGUAGUCUUCAAGAAAUUUUUUGGCUUCCUCCCGCUAUAGAAAACUCUAGGCAAUUUUUUUGUUUUUCUGAACAGAUAUUUUACAGAAAAUUGUCGGCUGGUGUCCCAGGUUUUACUGACUAAUGAGACCCUGUUAGGUUAAAAUUCCUGCAAGGAACAUGCAGCCUUGAAACAGCAACAGAAGACUUGAUGAAAUGGUGAAAACAACAUAAAGAUGGGUUAAAUAUGGACAAUUACAAGGCCUACUCCUCAAAAAGCAAAACUUUCAGUUGUGUUUGAAAUUCAGACUAGGGACAUCCGUACCCCCAUAAGAGGGCUCACUAAAAAUCAGUAAAUAGAGAAUACUUCAUGGAAAGUGCUGGUGUACGGCAUUUACACACGAGUUGUUGACGUAUCAGAAAUCAAACGAGUGAGCGCAGCGAACGAGUAAGAUUUCUGAUACAAAAACAAAGAGUGCGUAAGUACCAUACAAAGCACUUUCCGUGUGGUAUUGUGUUUAUUAUAUACAUACUGAGACAUUCAUCAUUUUGGCGGCCUUUUUAUUUUAAAUAUUUCAAAAAUGCUAAAAUUUGCCGCUACACACUUACCGUAAAAUGACAACGAAAACGAAGUAUCAGCUUUUUAGUAAAAACGUUUGUUAAAAACAUAAAUGACAGUAAGGAUAUGAGGUAUAUUCAACAACUAUAAGUAAUCUUAACUGUUUGCUCUCAAUGCACAAUUGAAAAUGAGUGAAUUUAAGUAAAAAGGCAAAGUAGCUCCGACAAAAAGCACAACAAAAGCUUACGUCUCGUUCUGUUUUUCCCUUUCCGCUGUUGUUUCGCCGGCUCUCUACCUUUUUAUUCAUCAACAGUGAAACCAACGAAACUAUUCCACUCCAUUUCCGAAAUGUUUUUCACUUUUUUAGCGAGAAAAACUCUUUGAGUAAAACUUUUCUCAUUGAAUGUGUGCAAAGCGGUGCUGCAAGCUGCAAUGAAAGGCGGGAAUUUUGGCACGAGACUCACACACCUCUGUGGCUUCUGAUUGGACUUAUCAUUUUUCUCACCCAUGAAAAAACAUCGUUCGCGAUCCUGAUUGGACGUAUCAUUUUUUUUCACUUGUGAAAACCAUCAUUCGCCCCUCUGAUUGGCUAGAACUAAUUUGCGUCCGAAAAUUUACGACAUAGCUUUUUGGUGAGUAUUUCUCAGUAUGUAUAUAAUAAAAAUCCUUUCUUUCCUCUCAUUAACACCAUUUCACCUUGAGCAAUCUGACACUAAAGUUCAUUUUUAUGUUUCCCUCUAGCAGCUAAUCCUUAGUGUCUGUAACAAUCCAGUGGCAGAUCUAGGGGAGGACCCCCUCAUUUUUAGACCAAACUGAGCCCUCCCCCCACUCCCUCUUAUCUGAAGGUCUGGAUCUGCCACUGCAAUUAUUAGUCUACACUGCUAGUGUCGUCCAGUAUCUAGCUUUUCAAGUGAUGUGUCUGGCUCACCACUAGACAGGCACUACACUCGUUGAUAGUGGAAAAAAGGGCAAAUGUUAGGGAUGGGUUCAAACAGGGAAAUGGACCAAGGAACUGAGGAGGAGAAGUAGUGCCCCCCUUUCCCCUCAUCUCAAUCCUCACUUUGUUCACUGAUUUUUUUGCACUCUUUACCCUGAUAUUUGCUUUUUUCUUCACUGGGGUGCCUGGUCCCAGACACUUAGACUGCACCAUGAGCUGGCAGCUAAAUCCUGGGAUUUGCCUGUUAGAGUAUACAGGCUUUUUAUUAUAUAACUGGCUUCAUGAGUAGCUAAGGCAAGGCAAACUUAAUUCUGUGUUGGAAUUAACAAAAGAGCUACAAUUUUCCAUGGUCUGUACUCUUAAAAAUGACGUCAAAAUGUUCAAAACUCAAGUGGAACCACAAACCACAGGGGCGAGUGGUUUCACUGCAAUGUUUUGAACAUAAUUUUUUGACAUCAUUUCUAUGGGCAAAGGGUACAGAGCAUGGAAAAUUGUUGUUGAUUUGUUAUUUACUACAAUGUAGUUUCAACAUCAAUUUCUGUUGAAUUUCCUCGAAAAUCGGGCGUGUGAGAAAGAAAAAAAAUGAAGACAAUUAAAUUGCGUCACCACCAUUUUCAUAGACUACGAGUAGUCCCCCAUUUUUCCUCAGGGAUAGUAGAGCGAGCGAAACGCGAGCGCGCGUGAAAAUCACCCCACGAGAGAAAAGGCGACACGCGGCGGGGAGAGAGAAAAAUGAGGGACUACAGACAAAGCCCAAGCUUUUGACCCUUCGCGGCCGACUGAUUUCGGAGUGUGAAGUUCGUAUCCCCUUCCAAAUCAAUUAAGCGCAUCCAAUGGCAUUCCUUCCCUCAUUGGGCUGUCAUUGCUCUUGUCAUCGGUAAACUGCGGGGGAUACUUAUUGCAAGCAAAAGAAAACUCAGAUACUAAUUUUCAUGACGGUUGUUUCGCGUGAAGAACUUGAUAGUGUAGGCAACACACGACUUUUACUCGUGCAAAAAUGCUGCUUGUUCCAAUGAAUUUUUUUUUCUGACGGAUAGAUUAUGCUCUGGAGGAAAACGUUUUGACUGAGCAAAUGUGAUUUUUGCCGCUUAUUUCAUAAUGAGAGGUCGUGACACGUAUAUUAAUUUUCUGUGGUUAUUGUUUAUGGUCGGCAUGAUUUGCCCACUAAUGCAAGAGCAUUUUAUUUCACUUCUUUUGAAAAGUAAAGCUCUUCAAUGCAAUGGGUCUGGGGUUGUUUAAUUUUUCCGGCGAUUGCCUCCAGGAUCUGAAUAAUUUUAAGCGAUUAUCUUUUUGGCCGUGAAUGUGUCGGUUUCCUGCAAUGUUUUGUCACGCUGGGCCCAGCUCGUUAGCGUUUUUAGCAGGACGGAUAGCGAUAUCCAAAUCUCGAAGAAUGGAUUGCAGCUUAAACUAAAACUAAAUCAACUAUAGAGAACUGCGAUGUGACUCAGUCAUGACUGCUCAUGAAUUUUAACUGCCGCUUGUUUUUCUGGAGAUAAUGUGAGUAUUUGGACUGGAGUGCGUAGUUCCUCCCUUGGUGACAACUUUUGAAUAAGUGACUGUUCUGUUAUUCAAUUCCCACUUUGUGAUCAGACAAGACCAUGGUUUCGGUUCUCCACGCGAACCUCAUCAGUUGCUGGGUUGGCUUUCCUCUUAGUUGCUUCUACAAGAGCAACUCUGACUAGUUAUUUGUUCUUUGCUGUUAUUAUUUCUGCUCUAGUUAUUUGUUCUGUAAAUUGAGAUUAUGUCGAGUGUUGAUAGCGGCUGGCGCGUUUUUGACAGAUGUUGACAGAUUUCCAUGGAAGAGCCAAUCAGAGUUUUGCGUUGUGAGAGCAACGCAUUAGUUCAAAAGCUUGGGCUUUGUCUGUAGUCCCUCAUUUUUCUCUCUCCCCGCCGCGUGUCGCCUUUUCUCGCGUGGGUUGAUUUUCACGCGCGCUCGCGUUUUGCUCGCUCUACUAUCCCUGAGGAAAAAUGGGGGACUACUCGUAGUCUACCAUUUUCAUGGUUUGUACUCUUAUCGAACAUAUAGCUCUCGACCAAUCAGCACGCAAGGCGACAAAUCACUCAGUCAUGGUAAAAUUAAAAUAAAUAAGAGUUUGUGCUUAAUAAUUGUGGAUCAUGGUUUGAAUGCAUGGUGCCCAGCCUAGAAUUUUAUAGAGUUGCAAAAUGCAAAGACUCUGCAAACAAAGCUGCAAAUUCCUAGGUACUGAUGGAAAAGCGUACAAAUCACAAAAUCAACCCUACUGAGCCAGAAACAAAAGCAAGCUAUGGGAAGCCGAAAACUCGCUUUUCUUACAUUUUGAGUCAUUUGAACAAGAAAACCGACCGUGAUUCAAGCUACAAAUUUAGUGCAAUUUCAAGAAACCCAAAUUGCGAAUACGGCUGUACUGUGCUCCCCAGGUGCUCCCACUCUAUACAGUAGAUAAACAGUAUGUAUAAACGUGUUUCUUUUUAAGGUCAUGUCUGGUUACAUAAAACAAUAUCAAUACUCACAUAUUUACCAUAAUUUUUAAAAAAGGCAUGUUGGUUCGUCCUACAAGUCGCCAUGUAACGCAAAACAGUACGUGAUGUAACACGUGAUAAAAGUGGCGUCAGGAACAAGGGAGGGGAGUCCAGGGGACUCGCCGCAACGAAACGGAGUGGGAGCCGUGUAAAUCGGCUAUUGUACGCAAGUGUUCAUUGAAACUCUUCCAUAUUUCAGUGUAAUUCCAUUUUAACUGAAGAAACCUCGUUGUGGUCUGUUUUUACAGUCACACAACUGAGGUGAUUUCUUUCAGGUUCCCUUUUUAUUUCCACCACAAAACUAAGACAUAAAACUUUCUUUUCAUUUUUGUAUCCAUUAUUGUUUUGUGCACUUACGUUAACUGCAAUAUUUCUUCCUUUGCAGAAAACCUGCAGGGUAAUAUAACCAAUGAAGAAUGUGCUCACAAAAAUGGCAAGCUAGAUGUUCAACAAAUACCAGAAGGUAUAACAAAAUUUAGCAGUUAUUGAGAUCCGACGUGCUCACUCUACCCUGGGUUCCAGAGGAUUUUUUUUCUUAUCGCUUUGCGCCUCGUUAACGCGGCUUCGCCGCGAACCAUCAGUGUCCAUAAGAAAAAAAUAUCCUCUGGAACCCAGGGUAUGCUCACUCAUUUUCAUUUUGUUUAAUUUUUUAUAGAGUUUUGGAUUUCUUAGAGGUAAUCAUUAUUGCUCACGGCACAAUGUACUGAGGACUUAAAUGCUGAAGUCCCUGUAUUAAAUGCGCCUCAGUUAAGUUAAUUCUUCUGAUAACCUUGCAGCUCCGCUGCUCCAGGUGACUUCAACCCUUGACUGAAUGAAGGGGAACCGACAUCGCUUUCUCACCUACCUGCGUAACCUGCGAUCAGGCGAUUUAUUAUUAUUAUUAUUAUUAUUAUUAUUAUUAUUAUUAUUAUUAUUGUUGUUAUUAUUAUUAUUAUUAUUAUUAUUAUUAUUGUUGUUAUUAUUAUUAUUAUUAUUAUUAUUAUUAUUAUUAUUGUUGUUAUUAUUAUUAUUAUUAUUAUUAUUAUUAUUAUUAUUUUUAAAAAAAUCGCCUGAUCGCAGUUUACUACCUGCGCGGCUUUCGUCGCUUAAAAAAGUCGACUUGUGGGCCUUGGAUUAGGUCUACUGAGAAGCCCUCACCGUUUGCGUUUUUGCGUCCAAAAAUGUCGGAGGUGGACACUUAACUACUAAGCCAGUGAUGCAACCAGGGUGUUUUUGAGGCCCCGUUCACAGGUAUCCGGAUAUUUGUGAAAACAUAUAUUUUUCCAGUCAUUUGCAAGUCUCUGCAUGAAGCCAUGUAUUAGCAAAAAAUAUAUAUAUUCGCAGGUUACUACCUGCGCGGCUUUCGUCGCUUAAAAAAGUCGACUUGUGGGCCUUGGAUUAGGUCUACUGAGAAGCCCUCACUGUUUGCGUUUUUGCGUCCAAAAAUGUCGGUUGUGGACACUUUACUACUAAGCCAGUGAUGCAACCAGGAUGUUUUUGAGGCCCCGUUUACACGUAUCCGGAUAUUUGUGAAAACAUAUAUUUUUCCAGUCAUUUGCAAGUCUCUGAAGCCAUGUAUUAGCAAAAAAUAUAUAUAUUCGCAGGUUACUACCUGCGCGGCUUUCGUCGCUUAAAAAAGUCGACUUGUGGGCCUUGGAUUAGGUCUACUGAGAAGCCCUCACUGUUUGCGUUUUUGCGUCCAAAAAUGUCGGUGGUGGACACUUUACUACUAAGCCAGUGAUGCAACCAGGAUGCUUUUGAGGCCCCGUUUACACGUAUCCGGAUAUUUGUGAAAACAUAUAUUUUUCCAGUCAUUUGCAAGUCUCUGAAGCCAUGUAUUAGCAAAAAAUAUAUAUAUUCCCAACUGACAAAUCAGCCUUGCUUCUUUCUGUUGUUCGAUAUUUUUACUCCGUUUUCCAAAAAGGAUGCAUCCAUACGUAGCGUACUCGAAUUGUUUUCGCCCAUUUUCAAGAAAAAGCAAAAACGAUGCAAAUACGAUAGCGUCAGGAUAGCGUCCCUUACAGAGCGAGCGUGGUAUGGAUGUAGGACAUCAUCGUAUCCCGGAAACCUCUGUUUUCGUUCGUCCACACGAAACGCCAAUCAAGCGUUUUCAAAAUCUGCGAUUUUGGUGCCCGAAAACGCCGUUUGCAUGGAGACGGAAGGCUAAAAGGAAGAAAAAAAUUCUUUAAAAAAACGAGUGAUAGAAUCACCGUAAUAGAGUCUGUGGACCUUGCGGUCCCUGCCCCGGAAAUGGCAAAAAGUCACCCUCGUAUGACUUUGAAAUGAAAACGCGCGCACAAAACAGAAACAAACGAACGGAAAUAGAGCGAUUUGAUUGGUUUAUCGAACGGAUACAAACGCGCGAAAUCAAUCGAUACUUUCGCUUUGACGGCAAACUGCAACACGAUUGGCCAAUCGAACAAUGCCAUCUCCAUAUUAGGGUUUUCUUUGGCUGGAAAACGAAGAGGCCAUGUUUUGAUCUUUUCAUCCAUCGGCUGACAAAACAAAUAGCGAAUACUUUAAUACGGAAAGUGGGGAAACCAUUUUUCAAGGUCACAGGAAAAUCGCUCUUGAAAUCAGGAAAGCGAAACGAAAGCCUCACCCUAUGUAAGGGUAUCCCAGACAGUGUUGGUUUCUGGAUACCGCACCAGGUCGUGGAUUCCGGAUUCUUUGUCAAUGGAACUUGUAUAAUCCGGAUACCAAUCGCUAGUGGUAUCCGUAUUAUUGCUAGAGCUGUAUUCCGGAUUCAAAGCCCAAGAUUCCUGAUACCACAAGGGGAAAGCCUGAACUCAAGUUACCCGAGGGUGAAAUCACGCCAUUUCAUAGCUCUUAUGACACCAAGGUUUUGUCUUUCUCACAUUCAUCACUACCCUUUUCGUGAGUAUUAAAUUUCGCCAAGAAUGAGCCAUAUACUAAGCGAUUUUUAGGGAUUUCAGUUUCAGUCGCAAGUUAUAAAUUCGCGAUUUUUCCCAAAUCGCGAAAUUAUGUGAGAAUAAGGUACUUUUCACUGCUGAACUGCUCGGAUUUUCUGUGUUUUUCUUUCAGAUCUCCGUAUCUCGGCUAUGUUAAAGUUAAGAGAUCAUGAUAACCAAUUGAUGUUAUUCUACGUUAAAGACAAAAUGGACUCUCCCGAGACUAUUCAAGUUCAAACGUGGUACAGCAUUGGACUGGCGUUAAACGUGGAUACUGGAGUAUUGAAUGGGAUUGAAACAUGCUAUCGAUCACAGCAAAGCCCAACGUAUUCUCUUAUUUCCUAUUUUGGAACUCUAGGUGAAAAAGAACCUAGUAUGAGAGAUUUUGUGGACGCAUUACUCCAGUGUAAGAGAUACGACAUGGCCAAAAAAAUUUGCGAUUGGCCUUGCUGGCAACUCAGUGACUAG